AGUACACAGAGGUGAAACUCUUGCACCUCCCGAAUAGCGACUCUACCGUGUUAGCGCGGGCUAGUUUUGCUAACUUUGUCCCGUUUACGAGGCGUGAGUUUUUGUUUUUCCUACAUGUCAGAUAAAACAGUUAAACGGCCCGGGGUGGGGGUCGGGGUGCUGGUGACAGACUCGGCCCACCCCGGGUGUGUUCUCCUGGGGAAACGGAGGAGCGCUGUGGGCAAAGGGACGUACCAGCUGCCCGGUGGUCAUUUGGAGUUUGGAGAAUAUAAUGUCCUUGAAAGAGAGACGUGGGAGGAAUGCGCUCACAGGGAGGUGCUGGAGGAAGCUGGGGUGCGUUUGGUGAACGUCCGCCUUGCGUCAGUGGUGAACUCCAUCAGGCUGGAGGAGCAGUACCACUACGUCACCAUAUUCAUGCACGGAGACCUGGACAGGAAGCAGUCAGGAGAGCCAGAGAACCUGGAGCCGGAGAAGAACGAGGGCUGGACGUGGACACACUGGGAUGAGUUUCCUCCGGAGCAGCAGCUCUUCCUGCCGCUGGCCGGUCUGAGACAACAAGGCUACCAGCCGUUCAGAAACAAGCACUGAAACUCAGCCUUGAAACUGCAUGUUAGAUUAGGAAACUUAUCCUACCUCAGGGGAUAAACAGACGUAUAUUUAAUACCUUGUUUUACAUCAGUGGUCAGUUUACAUACAGUAGAUACCUUUUCCUCAAAUGUCAUGAUACAUACUGUAAUUUCUGCCAAUAUUAAGAACGGUUACAAAUAUAGUAGAAGAGUCAGCUUUGAUUUUAUUCAGAUUUUAAGCAAAGAAUGCCACAAAUAAAACACACAAAUGAACAGAAUAAAAAAUAUAAUAUAUGUGAAUAUUUUGGUUGAUAUGGAGAAGUUGUUGCACUUUUUAUUGCCAGGUAAUGUCGGCUAUAUGUCAUGAUAUUUACAGAUGAAAACAAAUAGUCUCUGGAAUAAAUUAAUGCACCAACUCCAACUAUUGGCUGCAAUAUGACACGUAUGGAAGUUUGUGGACAGAUAUAAACAUUCAAAUACACUUUUCAGCUGUUAAUAAAAACUGUUUCUGCAGCCAUA